AUGUUGCCCAGGCUGAUCUCGAACUCUUGGCCUCAAGCAAUCCUCCUGUGCCCAGCAGGAAGUCCCCAGCCACAGUGGGUGCCUGGCCACCUGGAAGGGGGGACAUGGCAGCCCUUUGUGGACAAGGAUGCCCUCAUGCUGGGGGUCCUGGACAGUGGACCCUUUGAGGUGUCUGGCCUCUGGAGUCCGUGCUUUCAGCAGCUGAGCCACACCCCUGCCUUGAACCGAACCCCGGCUGGUCACCACCAAGCUCCUCCUCCCCAACACGCGUGGGGCCCUUAUCAGGAAAGGAUUUGGGUUGGUGGGGAGGGGGGGGAAGUGGGAGGCCCCAGGCUCGGCAAGGUGGGUGGGAGAGAUAGGGAAGUGGGGAGGGGGCCUGGGAGGGUGGGAAGGAUGCCCAGAACCGGCUCAGUGGGCUUUGGUCAAGCUCUGUCCUUGCUGGCCUGGCCCUUGCCAAGGUUCCAGAGCCUCUCCUGCCUUCCAUCCUUGCCAGGCAAGACGCCGGCACCUUUAAUUAGCAAGCAGCAGCCUCUCCCCGAUUCAUCACAGUCACUGUUUAAUUAG